AUGGUUACCACCAAGAACUUGCUGUGGUUAUUCCUCUUAAAUACAGCACUCCAGGAUGCCAUCUCAGGUGCCUCCACCACGACCACAGCCACUUUCACGACAUCCGUUACUGCAGGUGGGUCUGACUUUGUCAUGGUUUUUCUGGCCCCUACUUUUGGCGGUGCCUCCCUGAGCUUGGUGAACGGCAGGAACCGGUGCGAGGGGCACGUAGAGAUUUACCACAAAUGAGGGCUGGGAAACCGUGCCUACUUUGGACAAGGCACUGGCAAUAUCUACCUGGACGAUGUGCGCUGCACAGGGCGGGAGUCCUCCCUCUUCCAGUGCAGCCACCGUGGCUGGGGCGUCCACAACUGUGGCCACAGUGAAGAUGCCAGUGUUGUGUGCUCAGAGGGUUUUCCCAUGUUUUCCCUGCCUCCUCCUUUCCAAGGUGCCUCCCUGAGCUUGGUGAACGGCAGGAACCGGUGCGAGGGGCGCGUCGAGAUUUACCACAACGGGGGCCGGGGCACCGUCUGUGAUGACGACUGGGACCUGAACGAUGCCGAGGUCGUGUGCAGGCAGCUGGGAUGCGGCUUUGCUGUUUCUGCGCCAUCGAGUGCCUACUUUGGACAAGGCACUGGCAAUAUCUACCUGGACGACGUGCGCUGCACAGGGCGGGAGUCCUCCCUCUUCCAGUGCAGCCACCGUGGCUGGGGCGUCCACAACUGUGGCCACAGUGAAGAUGCCGGUGUUGUGUGCUCAGGUAGUGCCUCCCUGAGCUUGGUGAACGGCAGGAACCGGUGCGAGGGGCGCGUCGAGAUUUACCACAACGGGGGCCGGGGCACCGUCUGUGAUGACGACUGGGACCUGAACGAUGCCGAGGUCGUGUGCAGGCAGCUGGGAUGCGGCUUUGCUGUUUCUGCGCCAUCGAGUGCCUACUUUGGACAAGGCACUGGCAAUAUCUACCUGGACGACGUGCGCUGCACAGGGCGGGAGUCCUCCCUCUUCCAGUGCAGCCACCGUGGCUGGGGCGUCCACAACUGUGGCCACAGUGAAGAUGCCAGUGUUGUGUGCUCAGGUAGUGCCUCCCUGAGCUUGGUGAACGGCAGGAACCGGUGCGAGGGGCGCGUCGAGAUUUACCACAACGGGGGCCGGGGCACCGUCUGUGAUGACGACUGGGACCUGAACGAUGCCGAGGUCGUGUGCAGGCAGCUGGGAUGCGGCUUUGCUGUUUCUGCGCCAUCGAGUGCCUACUUUGGACAAGGCACUGGCAAUAUCUACCUGGACGACGUGCGCUGCACAGGGCGGGAGUCCUCCCUCUUCCAGUGCAGCCACCGUGGCUGGGGCGUCCACAACUGUGGCCACAGUGAAGAUGCCAGUGUUGUGUGCUCAGCAAGCCGAGGGUGGCGGUCCUGGUGGCCUGAAACUCAGGGUUUUCCCAUGUUUUCCCUGCCUCCUCCUUUCCAAGGUGCCUCCCUGAGCUUGGUGAACGGCAGGAACCGGUGCGAGGGGCGCGUCGAGAUUUACCACAACGGGGGCCGGGGCACCGUCUGUGAUGACGACUGGGACCUGAACGAUGCCGAGGUCGUGUGCAGGCAGCUGGGAUGCGGCUUUGCUGUUUCUGCGCCAUCGAGUGCCUACUUUGGACAAGGCACUGGCAAUAUCUACCUGGACGACGUGCGCUGCACAGGGCGGGAGUCCUCCCUCUUCCAGUGCAGCCACCGUGGCUGGGGCGUCCACAACUGUGGCCACAGUGAAGAUGCCAGUGUUGUGUGCUCAGGUAGCAUGGCUUUUCCUUCCUAAAUACCAGGACGCUUCCAAAAAGUGGCCCUUGUUGGCUGCAGUGCCUCCCUGAGCUUGGUGAACGGCAGGAACCGGUGCGAGGGGCGCGUCGAGAUUUACCACAACGGGGGCCGGGGCACCGUCUGUGAUGACGACUGGGACCUGAACGAUGCCGAGGUCGUGUGCAGGCAGCUGGGAUGCGGCUUUGCUGUUUCUGCGCCAUCGAGUGCCUACUUUGGACAAGGCACUGGCAAUAUCUACCUGGACGACGUGCGCUGCACAGGGCGGGAGUCCUCCCUCUUCCAGUGCAGCCACCGUGGCUGGGGCGUCCACAACUGUGGCCACAGUGAAGAUGCCGGUGUUGUGUGCUCAGGUAGCAUGGCUUUUCCUUCCUAAAUACCAGGACGCUUCCAAAAAGUGGCCCUUGUUGAGGGUUUUCCCAUGUUUUCCCUGCCUCCUCCUUUCCAAGGUGCCUCCCUGAGCUUGGUGAACGGCAGGAACCGGUGCGAGGGGCGCGUCGAGAUUUACCACAACGGGGGCCGGGGCACCGUCUGUGAUGACGACUGGGACCUGAACGAUGCCGAGGUCGUGUGCAGGCAGCUGGGAUGCGGCUUUGCUGUUUCUGCGCCAUCGAGUGCCUACUUUGGACAAGGCACUGGCAAUAUCUACCUGGACGACGUGCGCUGCACAGGGCGGGAGUCCUCCCUCUUCCAGUGCAGCCACCGUGGCUGGGGCGUCCACAACUGUGGCCACAGUGAAGAUGCCAGUGUUGUGUGCUCAGGUAGCAUGGCUUUUCCUUCCUAAAUACCAGGACGCUUCCAAAAAGUGGCCCUUGUUGGCUGCAGUGCCUCCCUGAGCUUGGUGAACGGCAGGAACCGGUGCGAGGGGCGCGUCGAGAUUUACCACAACGGGGGCCGGGGCACCGUCUGUGAUGACGACUGGGACCUGAACGAUGCCGAGGUCGUGUGCAGGCAGCUGGGAUGCGGCUUUGCUGUUUCUGCGCCAUCGAGUGCCUACUUUGGACAAGGCACUGGCAAUAUCUACCUGGACGACGUGCGCUGCACAGGGCGGGAGUCCUCCCUCUUCCAGUGCAGCCACCGUGGCUGGGGCGUCCACAACUGUGGCCACAGUGAAGAUGCCGGUGUUGUGUGCUCAGGUGCCUCCCUGAGCUUGGUGAACGGCAGGAACCGGUGCGAGGGGCGCGUCGAGAUUUACCACAACGGGGGCCGGGGCACCGUCUGUGAUGACGACUGGGACCUGAACGAUGCCGAGGUCGUGUGCAGGCAGCUGGGAUGCGGCUUUGCUGUUUCUGCGCCAUCGAGUGCCUACUUUGGACAAGGCACUGGCAAUAUCUACCUGGACGACGUGCGCUGCACAGGGCGGGAGUCCUCCCUCUUCCAGUGCAGCCACCGUGGCUGGGGCGUCCACAACUGUGGCCACAGUGAAGAUGCCGGUGUUGUGUGCUCAGGUGCCUCCCUGAGCUUGGUGAACGGCAGGAACCGGUGCGAGGGGCGCGUCGAGAUUUACCACAACGGGGGCCGGGGCACCGUCUGUGAUGACGACUGGGACCUGAACGAUGCCGAGGUCGUGUGCAGGCAGCUGGGAUGCGGCUUUGCUGUUUCUGCGCCAUCGAGUGCCUACUUUGGACAAGGCACUGGCAAUAUCUACCUGGACGACGUGCGCUGCACAGGGCGGGAGUCCUCCCUCUUCCAGUGCAGCCACCGUGGCUGGGGCGUCCACAACUGUGGCCACAGUGAAGAUGCCGGUGUUGUGUGCUCAGGUAGUGCCUCCCUGAGCUUGGUGAACGGCAGGAACCGGUGCGAGGGGCGCGUCGAGAUUUACCACAACGGGGGCCGGGGCACCGUCUGUGAUGACGACUGGGACCUGAACGAUGCCGAGGUCGUGUGCAGGCAGCUGGGAUGCGGCUUUGCUGUUUCUGCGCCAUCGAGUGCCUACUUUGGACAAGGCACUGGCAAUAUCUACCUGGACGACGUGCGCUGCACAGGGCGGGAGUCCUCCCUCUUCCAGUGCAGCCACCGUGGCUGGGGCGUCCACAACUGUGGCCACAGUGAAGAUGCCGGUGUUGUGUGCUCAGGUGCCUCCCUGAGCUUGGUGAACGGCAGGAACCGGUGCGAGGGGCGCGUCGAGAUUUACCACAACGGGGGCCGGGGCACCGUCUGUGAUGACGACUGGGACCUGAACGAUGCCGAGGUCGUGUGCAGGCAGCUGGGAUGCGGCUUUGCUGUUUCUGCGCCAUCGAGUGCCUACUUUGGACAAGGCACUGGCAAUAUCUACCUGGACGACGUGCGCUGCACAGGGCGGGAGUCCUCCCUCUUCCAGUGCAGCCACCGUGGCUGGGGCGUCCACAACUGUGGCCACAGUGAAGAUGCCAGUGUUGUGUGCUCAGAUAUUCCAAUAGAGGCCACCCAUCUCCACCUGGUGAAUGGAAGGCACAGAUGUGAAGGUCGCGUUGAGCUCUAUUACAAAGGACGGCCAGGGACAGUUUGUGAUGACUUCUGGGACAUUUCCGAUGCCCAGGUUGUGUGCAGGCAGCUGGGAUGUGGCCAGGCCAUUGCAGCUCCAGGAGGAGCUUACUUUGGGCAAGGCUCAGGCAACAUUCUGCUGGACAAUGUGAAGUGCAGAGGAAAUGAGGUCUCCUUGUCGCGUUGUAAGCACUCUGGAUGGAGGAUACACAACUGUGGCCACUAUGAAGAUGCUGGUGUUGUCUGUUCAGAAAAGGUAGUUCAUUUGAAAGACCGCUACAGCAACGACGACCUUCACAGUGCCAACAACCUCACCACCGGAGACAACCGCCAUAGCGGAGAUGAGCUCCAUAGAGGAGACAACCACCACAGAACCAAUGACCUCUCUAGCAGAGAUGACCAUCACAGCAUCAACAACCCUCAUAGCGGAGCCGACCUCCCCAGUGGAGAUGACCACAACAGCAGUAAUGACGCCCACAGCGGAAACGAUGUCGCUAGUGGAGACAACCACCUCAGCACUAAUGACCUCCCUAGCAGAGACAUCCUCCCCAGCACAGACAACUGCCGCAGUGCCUACAAGCCACAUAGCAGAGAUGACCAUGCUAGUGGAGACGACCACAACGGCUACCACAGCAGAGGGAAGCACACCAGAGCCUUUCUCAUUGACACCAAAUUCUUACUUGCAUCUGUAGCUCGAGUGCCCACCACACACUGGCCAUAUUCAGCAGGCGCCCGCCUGCGGCUCGCCGGCGGGAGGAACGGCUGCGAGGGCCGCGUGGAGGUGUACAACGGCGGCAGCUGGGGGACGGUGUGCGACGACAUGUGGGACCUGAGUGAUGCCCAGGUGGUGUGCCGGCAACUCGGCUGCGGCCAGCCCACGGCCGCCCCGGGCAACGCACUCUUCGGCCUCGGCUCUGGGCGCAUCUUCCUGGAUGACGUGCAGUGCCGUGGGGACGAGCCCUCCCUCCAGAUGUGCAGGCACAACGGCUGGGGCGUGCACAACUGCAGGCACGUGGAGGAUGCCAGCGUCAUCUGUGCAGGCCCAGGCGCCCGCCUGCGGCUCGCCGGCGGGAGGAACGGCUGCGAGGGCCGCGUGGAGGUGUACAACGGCGGCAGCUGGGGGACGGUGUGCGACGACAUGUGGGACCUGAGUGAUGCCCAGGUGGUGUGCCGGCAACUCGGCUGCGGCCAGCCCACGGCCGCCCCGGGCAACGCUCGCUUCGGCCUCGGCUCUGGGCGCAUCUUCCUGGAUAACGUGCACUGCCGUGGGGACGAGCCCUCCCUCCAGAUGUGCAGGCACAACGGCUGGGGCGUGCACAACUGCAGGCACGUGGAGGAUGCCAGCGUCAUCUGUGAAGGCGCCCGCCUGCGGCUCGCCGGCGGGAGGAACGGCUGCGAGGGCCGCGUGGAGGUGUACAACGGCGGCAGCUGGGGGACGGUGUGCGACGACAUGUGGGACCUGAGUGAUGCCCAGGUGGUGUGCCGGCAACUCGGCUGCGGCCAGCCCACGGCCGCCCCGGGCAACGCACUCUUCGGCCUCGGCUCUGGGCGCAUCUUCCUGGAUGACGUGCAGUGCCGUGGGGACGAGCCCUCCCUCCAGAUGUGCAGGCACAACGGCUGGGGCGUGCACAACUGCGGGCACAUGGAGGAUGCCAGCGUCAUCUGUGCAGGCCCAGGCGCCCGCCUGCGGCUCGCCGGCGGGAGGAACGGCUGCGAGGGCCGCGUGGAGGUGUACAACGGCGGCAGCUGGGGGACGGUGUGCGACGACAUGUGGGACCUGAGUGAUGCCCAGGUGGUGUGCCGGCAGAUCGGCUGCGGCCAGCCCACGGCCGCCCCGGGCAACGCUCGCUUCGGCCUCGGCUCUGGGCGCAUCUUCCUGGAUAACGUGCAGUGCCGUGGGGACGAGCCCUCCCUCCAGAUGUGCAGGCACAACGGCUGGGGCGUGCACAACUGCAGGCACGUGGAGGAUGCCAGCGUCAUCUGUGAAGGCGCCCGCCUGCGGCUCGCCGGCGGGAGGAACGGCUGCGAGGGCCGCGUGGAGGUGUACAACGGCGGCAGCUGGGGGACGGUGUGCGACGACAUGUGGGACCUGAGUGAUGCCCAGGUGGUGUGCCGGCAGAUCGGCUGCGGCCAGCCCACGGCCGCCCCGGGCAACGCACGCUUCGGCCUCGGCUCUGGGCGCAUCUUCCUGGAUAACGUGCAGUGCCGUGGGGACGAGCCCUCCCUCCAGAUGUGCAGGCACAACGGCUGGGGCGUGCACAACUGCAGGCACGUGGAGGAUGCCAGCGUCAUCUGUGAAGGUGCGUGGACGACCACAACGGCUACCACAGCAGAGGGAAGCACACCAGCACCUCAUUUUUGUGGUGGCUCAAUCUCAGAUUCCUCUGGGAUGCUGCAGAGUCCCUUCUACCCUGGAAAUUAUCCAAACAAUGUUGACUGCGUGUGGGAAAUACAAGUAGAGAACAAUUUCCGUGUUAUGCUCACAUUUAGAGAUAUUGCGAUGCAAAGCGGCAGAUGCCAGUAUGACUACGUUGAAGUCUAUGAUGGGCCUCCACACUCUUCCCCGCUUCUUGGGAGACUUUGUUCUGGUUCCUUUCCCACGUACAUGUCCUCUUCAAACAUGAUGACCGUUCGCUUUCACAGCGAUUCUAGAACCACCUUCAGAGGGUUUCAGGCUCACUACUCCUCCAUUCCAGCAGAUCACAACACUACCCUUCUGUGCUUGCCAGACUACAUGCAUGCAGUGGUUAGCAGAGACUAUCUCCAGUCUCAAGGCUACUCGGCGCAGAUGGUCACCCUGAACGACGAUCACUGUAAACCAACAGUCACGUCACAUGAGGUUAUAUUCAACAUUCCCUACAACAGCUGUGGGACGAUACGAGAGGAGAACAAUGAUACUAUCAACUAUUCCAACAUGAUCAAAGUUACAUCUUCUGGGUCCAUAAUCAAGAGGAAAAAGAAUAUUCACUUACAUAUCAGUUGCAAAAUGCUACAGAACACAUGGAUACAAAUAAUGUAUGCUGCUGAGGAUACUGUAGACAUGAAUGAAAAUCAGUUUGGAAGAUAUGACAUGAACAUCACUUUUUAUGAUUCCUCAUCAUUCUUGCGGCAAGUGCACGACUCUCCAUACUACAUUGACUUGAACCAAAAUUUGUACCUUCAAGCUUAUCUUCACAGCUCUGACCCAAAUCUGAUGGUGUUUGUGGACACAUGUGUGGCAUCACCUGAUCCUCACGAUUUUGACACUCUAGCCUAUGAUAUAAUCAAGAAUGGAUGCAUCAGAGAUUCUUCCUAUGCCACAUACUACUCCCCCUACAGCCACUUUGCUCGGUUCACAUUUAAUGCCUUUGAGUUCAUCAGCCGCCAUACGUUAGUCUACCUGCGGUGUGAGCUGGUGGUGUGCAGGCUCGGUGACUAUUCCUCCCGCUGCUACCAGGGCUGUAGUAGCAGGUUCAAGAGAGAUACAGGUUCCGCCGAGGAAAAAGUGAAUGUGGUUGUCGGACCACUUCAGCUUCGAGAAGGGGGUGCUCAGAGUAGGAAUACUGGUAAAAUCAAAUAA